GGGCAUAUUGACGAUGGAAGCAUCUACACCGCCUAUAUAAGUCAGACAGCGCACAUCAACAUUCAGUACAGUUGACUUCUACCUCUUUUGGAAGUAAAGCUGUGUUAGCUUUGCUCUCUUUUCACGUACACAAACAAGUAGAAAACAUGAAGGUUUUUAUUAUUUGCAUCGCUUUUAUAGUUGCUUUAGUAGCAGCUGCUGAUGAUGUGCCAGUCCAGCGGCGUCGUGUUCAACAGGCAACGACGGACGAAGCCCCCGAGUACCGUCGUCGCGUCCAGCCUGCAACUGAUGAGGCACCCAUCAUCCGUCGUCGUGCCCAGUCUGCCCGUUAUGUCCCUAAAACAUACGAGGAGCCAAAGGAUUACCCUAAGCCCGAGCCAUCGUACCCCGCUAAGCCCGAGCCAUCUUACCUCGCUAAGCCCGAGCCAUCGUAUCCCGCUAAGUCCGAACCAUCUUAUCCCGCUAAGCCCGAGCCAUCGUACCCCGCUAAACCAGCUACUUAUGAAGAACCAGUAGAGUACAAACCUCCAGCUUACGUCCCGUCUAAACAGCAAGAACCGGAGUACACCCAACCUGAACCUGCCUAUCCAGCUAAGCCUGUUUAUCGGCCUCGUCAGCCUGCUUAUCCUAAAGAGCAAGCUGAGCCAGAGUAUCCUCGUCCGGCAAUCAGGAAGCCCGCCUACAAGGCUGCUGAACCUGCUCCAUAUAAAGCUGACCAGGAAGAAGAGGAAAAGGAGGUAACAAGAGAACCGUACAACUUUGGUUACGCCGUCAAGGACGAAUACGACGAUUACGGUCGCCAGGAAGAAAGCGACGGCAAGGUGGUCACCGGAUCUUACCACGUAGUUUUGCCCGAUGGUCGUAAACAGAUCGUCAAGUACAGAGCCGAUCCCGAAACCGGAUUCACCGCUGACGUCACCUACGAAGGCGAGGCCAUUUAUCCCGAGUACAUUGAACCGACUCAAUCACCGUACAAGGCGGCCCUUGCCUACCAGGCUGAGCCUGCAUACCCUAGACCAUCUUACCCAAAGAAGCCUGAUUAUCCUAGUAGGCAAUCUUAUCCUAAAGAGCUAGCUUAUCCCGAGCCAGCUGCUCCAGCCCAGCCAGUUUAUCGCGAACCUGCUACCCCAGUUAAACCAGCUUAUCGCGAGCCUGUUACCCCAGCUAAGCCAGCUUACCGUGAACCAGUUGCCCCAGCUAAGCCAGCGUACCGUGAGCCAGCUGCCCCAGCUAAGGCAGCUUACCGUGAGCCAGCUGCCCCAGCUAAGGCAGCUUACCGUGAGCCAGCUGCCCCAGCUAAACCUGUCUAUCGUGAACCAGCUGCCUCAUCAAAGCCUGCCUACCGUGAGCCAGUCUAUGCCGAACCAAAAGCUCCAACUAAGCCUGUUUAUCGCGAGCCAGCCUACCCCGAACCAACUGCCGCACCCAAACCCGUUUAUCGUGAGGCAUCUUAUCCCGAACCCGCUUACCCCGAGCCUUCUUACAAGAGACCAUCGUAUCCUAAACCCGAAUAUCAGAAACCAUCUCAUGCCGGCAGACCAGUUUACCCAAACAGGCCAACUUACUCCGAGCCAGCUCCAUCAAAGCCAGCCUAUCGCGAACCAGUUUACAAGACCGAACCAAAAGCUGAACCAAAACCGGAACCUACACCUGAGGUAACUACCCCGGAAUACAAGACUACCACAACUACCCCUGCUCCUACUACAACAACUACCACUACCACCACACCAGCUCCUACCACUACCACAACUGAAGCUCCUUACACCGAGCCCACAUACCCUGAACCUUCCUACCCCGAAGAAGCCUACCCUACUCGACCACCAUACCCAGCAGAGCCAUCUUACUCUAGACCACCUUACCCGAAGCUUGAAUAUCCCAGCAGACCGUCCUAUCCAGAACCCGCCUACAACAGACCCUCCUACCCCGAGCCAGCUUACCCAUCCAGACCCGUCUAUCCUUACCCAGGCGAAGAUCGUCCAGAGCCUUCUUUCCCAGUAUACAGACCCGUUUACCAUCGUCCUGAACAAGACUCUGCCCCAGAGUACAGGUCCCCUCAACAGUAUGCGCCAGUAUGAAUAUAAUUUAACUCAAAAGUCUAUUAUUCUAAGCCGUCAAUAUGCAUCCUACUAAAAAAAACAGAUAAAAUCAUCUAUAUAUAAUGAGACGAUGAGUCGAUCCUUCAUUGUAGUGUGUAAGAAAAUGUGCUUCCUCAUUUUGUGUGUCUUACGAUAUUGAAUUC